CUAAACCCAUCGCCUGAGAAGUGACAAGUGCGCGGAAGAGAAUGAAAAUUGCCGUAGAAGGAUGUAUGCACGGCGACCUCGACAACGUCUACCGGACCCUCCAACACAUGGAACGAGCUCACAACAUCAAAAUCGACCUCCUCCUCUGCUGCGGCGAUUUUCAGGCUGUGAGGAAUGAGAAGGAUUUGGAGAGCUUAAGCGUGCCCCCAAAGUACCGCUCCAUGAACUCCUUCUGGAAGUACUAUUCCGGCGAGGAGAUGGCUCCAUAUCCCACCAUAUUCAUCGGUGGCAAUCAUGAAGCUUCUAAUUAUCUCUGGGAACUCUACUACGGAGGGUGGGCGGCACCCAAUAUCUACUUCUUGGGUUUUGCCGGGGUUGUCAAGUUCGGAAACCUUCGCAUUGGUGGCCUCUCUGGCAUUUAUAAAUCGCGAGACUAUCGUUCCGGACACUAUGAGAGGCCUCCUUAUAAUGAGAAUACCAUCAAGUCUGUCUAUCAUGUUCGUGAGUAUGAUGUCCACAAACUCAUGCAAGUUGAGGAGCCAAUCCAUAUUUUUCUUUCACAUGAUUGGCCUCUUGGCAUCACUGAUUGUGGGGACUGGAAGCAACUUGUUCGAUACAAACCUCAUUUUGAGACUGAGGUUCGGGAUAGAACUCUGGGAAGUAAGCCUGCUGCUCAAUUGCUACAAAAAUUGAAACCACCCUACUGGUUUUCAGCUCAUCUACACUGCAAAUUUGCUGCUCGCGUGCAACAUGGGCAAGAUGGUCCCGUGACAAAUUUUCUUGCUCUUGAUAAGUGUCUUCCAGGAAAGAAAUUUUUGCAGGUUCUUGAUAUUGACACCGAGCCAGGGCCAUGCGAGAUCCAGUAUGAUGAAGAAUGGCUUGAGAUAACUCGGCGAUUUAAUUCUAUUUUCCCUCUCACAAUCAAGAGUGCAAAUUUUGGGGGUCUACAUAUUGAUAAGCAAGAUUCUCGUCAAUGGGUAAGGAGUAAGCUACAAGCAAGAGGAGCCCAACCUUUUGAAUUCAGCCGGACAGCUCCAUCUUAUAACCCCUCUAAUUCUGUCUCAAACAGUACAUCUCAGGGAUAUACUCGGAAUCCACAAACUGAAUCUUUGUUGCAAUUUCUGGAACUCCCUUAUCUUCUUGAUGACAUGUCAGAAUCUUCGGAAGCAUUCAGAAGUCCUUUUCCAUUAAGUGUUAGAGCGAAGAGAUUCCCAUUGAUGAUGUGGAUGAGUUGGAAGACCUUGCUGAAGAGGCCGGAAAUGUUGAACAUGAAGAUGUUUGAUAAUUCAGUGUGGUGGUCAUCCUUGGCUUCCUGUGCAAGUGCAAACCUCGCAAUGAAUUUCUACUCAGCUUCAUGCCCUUCUGCUGAGCUUGUGGUCAGAAACACAGUCAGAUCAGCUUCAAACAUGGACCCUACUGUCCCCGGGAAGCUCCUACGCUUGCUCUUCCAUGACUGCUUUGUGGAGGGUUGUGAUGCUUCUGUCCUUCUACAAGGAAAUGGAACGGAGAGAAGCGAUCCAGCAAACCAAUCUCUGGGAGGAUUUUCAGUUAUUGAUUCAGCAAAAAGACUGCUUGAAAUUCUCUGUCCAGGAACUGUUUCAUGUGCUGACAUUGUUGCUUUGGCUGCUAGAGAUGCUGUUGAAAUUACUGGAGGCCCCCUGGUUCAUAUUCCAACUGGUAGGCGAGACGGGAAGGUUUCGCUAGCUUCAAAUGUCAGGCCUAAUAUUGUAGACACAAGCUUUACAAUGAAUGAGAUGAUAAAGCUCUUUUCUUCUAAAGGGUUGCCAUUGCAUGACCUUGUAACGCUCUCAGGCUCUCAUACUAUAGGAGCAGCUCACUGCAGUGCAUUCAGUGACCGAUUCCAAGAGGACUCGGAAGGAAAAUUCACACUCAUUGACGCAUCUUUAGACAAAGGUUAUGCCGAGAAGCUCAUGAAACAGUGCCCUUCAGGCUCAAACCCAUCUACAACAGUAAAAAAUGAUCCUGAAACUUCCUUUGUGUUUGAUAACCAAUACUACCGGAAUUUGUUGGCCCACAGAGGGCUGUUUCAAUCAGAUUCUGUCCUGUUCACCGACAGUAGAUCAACCAAACAAGUGGAGAAUUUUGCAGCAGACCAAGUUGAUUUUUUUGAGAGUUGGAUUCAGUCGUUCUUGAAGCUUACUAGCACUCAUGUUAAGACAGGUGAUGAAGGGGAAAUUCGAGCAUUUUGUCCAACAGCUAAUACAUGAAUUAUGAAUAGCGGCUUUUUGUUUUCUUUGUUCUUCUUCACUCAUGAUCGAGGCGGACAUUGCACUAAGUGCGAAAGAUUUAGGCGUGCGUGAGAAAUGGGAAGUGAAGCCAAUCCACCAAAAGUUUGGUAACAAACAAGAAAA